AUGUUUUCCAAGGUGUUCUGCUUGACCGCGUUAGUCGCCGUAGUGGUCGCUUAUGAUCAUGGCCAUGCAUAUUCUUCUAACCAUAUCUCUCGCCACGACGGACACCAUGAACCCGUGCAUGUCCACGGGCAUGGACAUGAGCAUGGACAUGUCGACUACUAUACCCACCCUAAAUACGAGUUCGAGUACAAAGUGGAAGACCACCACACAGGCGAUAUGAAGUCGCAGCAUGAGCACCGUGAUGGUGACGCUGUGAAGGGAAGCUAUUCGCUGCACCAGCCUGACGGCUCCGUCAGACGUGUUGAGUAUUAUGCAGAUGAUCACAGGGGUUCCACGCAGACG